CCGCUCGGAGCCCGCCCGCCCGCCCGCCCGCCCGCCCGCGCGCCAUCCCCUCCGCCAGCAGGUGUGAGCGCUUCUUUUUACCCGCGGUCCCCACCCAGCUCAGCAUCCCGUCGCCUCCUCGGGACCUGAAGCUACCACAGAUUCUGCUGUGACGAGGUGUCGCCCAGGCUCCAGUCAUCCUCAGUGAGAAGGUCCGAGAGUCUUACUCCAGGUUUGCCCAGCACGAUGGGUUGCAAAAACCUGCUCGGCCUGGGUCAGCAGAUGCUGCGCCGGAAGGUGGUGGACUGCAGCCGGGAGGAGAGCAGGUUGUCCCGCUGCCUCAACACCUUUGACCUGGUAGCGCUUGGGGUGGGCAGCACCUUGGGUGCCGGUGUCUACGUCCUGGCUGGUGCGGUGGCCCGUGAGGAUGCCGGUCCCGCCAUCGUCAUCUCCUUCCUGAUCGCUGCCCUGGCCUCGGUGCUGGCUGGCCUGUGCUACAGCGAGUUCGGAGCCCGUGUCCCCAAGACAGGCUCGGCCUACCUCUACAGCUACGUGACGGUCGGGGAGCUCUGGGCCUUCAUCACCGGCUGGAACCUGAUUCUCUCCUACAUCAUUGGUACUUCAAGUGUGGCGAGAGCCUGGAGUGGGACUUUUGACGAGCUGAUAGGCAAACCCAUUGGAGAGUUCUCACGGAAUCACAUGGCCCUGAAUGCCCCUGGGGUGCUGGCCCAAAACCCUGACAUAUUAGCUGUGAUUAUAAUUCUCAUCUUAACAGGAUUGUUAACUCUUGGUGUGAAAGAAUCAGCCAUGGUCAACAAAAUAUUCACCUGCAUUAACGUCCUGGUCCUGUGCUUCAUCAUGGUGUCGGGAUUCGUGAAAGGGUCCAUUAAAAACUGGCAGCUCACGGAGGAGGACUUCUUGAAUAGAUCUAGCCCUCUCUGUGGGAACAAUGACACAAACCUGAGACACGGUGAGGGCGGGUUCAUGCCCUUUGGAUUCUCCGGCGUCCUGUCAGGGGCAGCGACCUGCUUCUAUGCCUUCGUGGGCUUUGACUGCAUCGCCACCACAGGUGAAGAAGUCAAGAACCCCCAGAAGGCCAUCCCCGUGGGCAUCGUGGCGUCCCUCCUCAUCUGCUUCAUAGCCUACUUCGGGGUGUCCGCAGCCCUCACACUCAUGAUGCCUUACCCCUGCCUGGACACCGACAGCCCACUGCCCGGUGCCUUCAAGUACAGUGACUGGGAAGGAGCCAAGUACGCGGUGGCUGUCGGCUCCCUCUGUGCACUUUCCGCCAGUCUCCUAGGCUCCAUGUUUCCCAUGCCCCGAGUUAUCUACGCCAUGGCUGAAGACGGACUACUGUUUAAAUAUUUGGCCAGAGUCCACGAGAGGACCAAAACACCAGUAAUUGCUACGGUGACCUCAGGCGCCAUUGCUGCUGUGAUGGCCUUCCUCUUUGAAUUGAAGGACCUGGUAGACCUCAUGUCCAUUGGCACUCUCCUGGCCUACUCUUUGGUGGCUGCCUGUGUGUUGGUGUUAAGGUACCAGCCAGAACAACCUAACCUGGUAUACCAGAUGGCCAGAACCACCGAUGAGUUAGAUCACGUAGACCAGAACGAGCUGGUCAGUGCCAGUGAUUCCCAGACAGGCUUUUUACCGGUAGCCGAGAAGUUUUCUCUGAAAACCGUACUCUCACCCAAGAAUAUGGAGCCAUCCAAAUUCUCAGGGCUGAUUGUGAAUGUGUCAGCCAGCCUCCUAGCUGUUCUUAUAAUCAUCGUGUGCAUUGUGGCUGUGCUUGCAAGAGAGGCUCUGGCCGAAGGGACGCUGUGGGCAGUCUUUCUCAUGACAGGGUCAGUCCUUCUCUGCAUGCUGGUGACAGGCAUCAUCUGGAGGCAGCCUGAGAGCAAGACCAAGCUCUCGUUUAAGGUACCCUUUGUCCCCAUACUUCCCGUCUUGAGCAUCUUUGUGAACGUCUAUCUCAUGAUGCAGCUGGAUCAGGGCACAUGGGUCCGAUUUGCGGUGUGGAUGCUGAUAGGCUUCACCAUCUACUUCGGUUAUGGGCUGUGGCACAGUGAGGAGGCGUCCCUGGCUGCUGGCCAGGCAAGGACUCCUGACGGCAACUUGGACCAGUGCAAAUGACGUGAAGCCUCGCGCACCAAGGUGGCAGCGGUUGAGGGGUGCCCAUAAAGGCCCGGGACCUUCACACUCUCUCCACCCACGCCACAGGAUCCGCUCACAUCCCCGAUGUCACCAAAGGUGCUGUGAGCUGGACUGCAGCCUCAGCCGCAGCUGCUGUAGCCUGGACAGACAGCCCUGCAGCCAGCUCAUGAGGUCCUGGUCACUUCUGGACAGCUUCUUGGUCUUAUUUCUCUCUGCCAGCUGGGCCCUUUGCUGCUGCAGCCCCAGCAGAAAGAAGGAAGGCCCCCUUCUUCUCUUACUUGGGAAGCAGGCCUCCCUUCCCGGUACCACCCUGGUAUUGCUGAUGUACACACUCCAGAUCCUUAGCCAGCAUCUCUCUGUCAGCCCAGUCAGGACGGCCUCCCGACCACAAGAUGCAAGACUAGCCCUCUGAGACCGCAUGUCCCCGGCAGUGCUGCCCAGCUGCCGAUCAACCGCAGAGUACCCAAAGAGGAGGAACUGAUCUCAGCUUACUACUUCCGGCCUGGGGUCCACACACCCUCUCCCAGCCUCUGUGACAAAACUGUGACCGACCCCAGCAUGGCAUGGCCCAUUCAUCUGGAGCAUAGAAGAUGGGAGGUCCCUCGAGGGAUCAGUGGUGUCAAGGUGGGAAGGCCAGCUCUGCUCACACGGACCAGGGGACAGUCUCUAGUCCGAUCCCAGGCAGGCCUGCAUCGGCUUCUGCUGCUCUUGGCAUCUGCCCUCACUGUCCUGAGUCACGGAACAUGAGGUCGUAUUAUUAGGAUUGAGUCAGGCUCUUGGGUCUUCUAAGGUUCUUCAGACAGGUGUUGGCUCUCAGUGGGGGGCUGUGGCGCUUUUCUGGCCUCUGAUGUGAUCCGUGUGGCCUCUUACAUCUGAGGAGUGCUGUGGAGUCCUCCUGUUGCUUGCUAUGAAUCACUCCACCAGAUUAAGUUGGGGCUUAAUGUUACCUUGGAAAAUAGCCAAAUAAUUGCCGAGUGCCAUCAGCUUGUGGCUCACGGUGUGAGGUCUGCACAUGACGUGGCUUGGGGUCCUCCUGCUGUCCUCUUGUAGUUUCUGUCUUUCGCGUGCUGUGGUGGCUUUGCCUGCUGCUGGUGAGAUUUCCAUAGGCUCCCUGCGUAUGCCUGCAUUUCCCCUCCCCCGUGCCCCUCGGCUCUCUGCGUGGGCCAUUAGGGCCUGCACUCUUUCCCUUACUCUGGGUAGACCAACCAAGGAUGAUGAGAUGGCGGGUGAAUUCUCAUUCUAGAACCAUUCAGAGCCAGCCCCCUCCCCGAUGUUGGGGUGGGGAAGGCCAGUGUCUUAGACCAGUGUAGAUGAUGAUGUUUUGACCUAGCUUUCUUUCCUGUCUGGCCCUUGACACACGUCUGGUGGAAACAGGCUGGGUAAACCGAUGGCGCUGUCCACCCCGCUGUUCUCGAAGGUUCUUGGAAAUACAAGAUAGCAUGUAGCAAGGGGGCUUGACUAGCAUGUGCAGGGCGUCAGGCUCCAUCCCCAGAACUACAGAAAAUUAGGCAAUCAGUGAAACAGCCUGAAGGCGAGGUCAGCUAGCGGAGGGCAUCUGGGCGGCCAGUCCAGGCCUCUGUGCCAGGCCCUGACCACCUUCCCAGUGUUUUGCCUCACAGGCUGUCCGAGAAUAUUCCAAAGGGAGUAUUGUAAGACCCUAAAGGUUGAGUUUCCAAAGAAAGGUAUUUAAAUUUAUGUAGAUUGGUGCUGUAAAAUAUUUUGAUAACUAUUAACUUAUUUUGUUCAGGUCUUGAUUAUCUGUUGUCUUCUGAGGGCCUGUUAAAUAUUUGUCUGAUUUCUUUUUUCCCCUUGUUAUUUUUCUACGUACACAAAAGUGAAGGGAGUACCCAGUGGGGUACUGGGAGAAUACUGUUAACUUUAUUUUCUUUCUUUGGUUUCUUUUUCGGGAUAAGGUUUCGCUCUGUAGCUCACCUGGACUUUGGCGUUGUAGCCCAGGCUAGCCUCUGCCUCAGCCUCCUGAGUACUGGAUUCUAGGUCGGAGCCACCACUCCUUCGCUGUUACUGCUUUCUGCGUGGAACCCCCCUGUCCCAGGCAGCCUCACCAUGUUUACAGCUGACAGUUGAGCCAGCGGCCCGCAGCCCGCCAGGCGGGAAGGUGUAUUCAGGGGUUUGACCCGCCGCCAUCUCUCCUGAGGACUCCUGACGGUGGCAGACACAGGAGCCCACACAGGCCCCGGUUGUAGGGGGCAGGCACCCUGUCCCCACUUCCGAGUCAGGAACGGAAGCUCAAGGGUGACCUGCAUGAUAAGUUGACUGGCCACUGUGCUUUUACUAAGAGUGGACAGUUGCCAGGGGAGCUUUGGGGUGGGGGUGGGGGACAGUGACACAGAGAGGCUCACUCCUGGAGUGAGCCUCUGAUACGAUUUUUGUCCCAUCGCAGUUCUUUCUCCUGAAAUACACAAGACAAAAACCAAAACAACACACACUAGCAAAAAUCAAAACCCGACAGUGUGCCAUCUCUUAGCCUCCUACCCACAGAAGGGUCUCAUUCUGUCGCCCAGCUUGGCCAGUAUUUCCUACCCAGUUGGGACUUGGACAUUCUAAAGACACAUUCCAGGCCUCGUUUAUGUCCGACUAGAGUAUUCACAUUGGAAAGACCCGUUUUCCCAUGAGUUUGUGCCCUUCCUGUGUCUGCGUUGAAGUCCAUGAAGAAGCCAGUACCCGGGGAACUCUGUUUAGGAGUGGGGUACAAGAUGUCUCUGCCUUCCAGAAGGUGGCCCUGGUGGGGGAGGGGGAUGCUGUUUAUAGAGACACUGGGCCCCCAUGUAUAUGUGUGGAAGCAUGUGUACACACCCAUUCUCAUACCCCAUCCCUGCCCACACUGUACAGCCAGGCAGUGGUGGAUUUACUUUGCAGACAAGGACCAAGUGGAGUCCUCCUGUCCCGGGCAGUUCUCUGGGAGAUUGCUGGGUUUGUGCUGUUCUGGUUGCUCACAGUUUGGUUUUAUAGUGGCAGGGGCCCCAUCAUCUCACAUCUCCAUCUGACAGCCGUCCUGUCCCCUGUGCUGAUGAGGUGGUUUGGACACCAUGUGCCAUCCACCUGCCCUUAGUGACCUGCACAUUCUCGGCUCAACCGGUGUGUGCACACCAUUCCACCCUGUCUGUUGCCUGCUGCUUUUCAUGCAUAGGGCUGAGAAAAAUCUGUGGGCAUGUUGGUGCCUUGCCCCCUGACCCCAGGCAGACAUUCUGAAUUGGCUAGUGUUUACAUCCCCUCUAGCGAGGAACUCAUCGAACACUGGAUGACGCUUGGAAACAGCAGCGUGAGAAACCGGAUUCCUGGGAUAAGCAUGGGCAGGCACUGCUGGCCUGUGUACCUACCUACAAUGCAAACAUGCCUGGCUCUCACCAGGGCCCAUCCUUUCUGACUUGAAUGUCCCAUGUCUCCACAGAUACUUACAUCUUUCUAAUAAGAGCUCACUGUUGGCACCCAAGCACUAAGGAAUCUUGGGGGGGGGGGGGAAUCUAAGUGCCAGGGUGCCCAUCCCUUGGGGUGUUGGUGGGUGGUGGGAAAAGGAACUUUGAGUCCACGUCCGGUUGAGCUCCUCGCGAAGGGAAUCGCUGGACAGAGGAUACAUGAUGCAUGGAACUGUUACAGAAUUCAAGUUCAGAACUGAAUGUAUGUUAUGUACAGUUAUUUUUAUGUAACUCAGACCUUAUGUUUGCUAUCAUAAUGAGAAGAUUGUACGUAAGGCUCCUUGGAGGAGAGCACGCCUCCAUUUUGUUAGGCUAGUUUGGGGUCAUGAAAUGCUUUAUUGACACAGUGGUGUGGGUGCAACUCGCUACACUCCUGAGGCCAAUUUGGUCGUGAUGGAUUUUUUUUUAAGGCAAAAAAAAUUACCAGUUGGGGUUCACCUCCCUUCCUCUAAUCCGGUCUUUUUGUACCCACUGCUCCAUUGAGCUGGGAAUGUGGUGUGGCCAAGGGUCUUGGGACAUAGUGACCAAGGAGCCCUCCUGGACCAUUCUGUUACAUGUACUGAAUGGCUGAUGGAAGAGCCCGGGGGAGAGGAAAGAUCACAUCCAGACAUAUUCUCAGGGCGCUGGAAUGCCCAGCAGGGCCAGGAAGCAAGGUUUAGGAAGACACAUGUGGACUAAUUUAUUGACAAGGGUUACCUUUGUGUUCCUUGCCAAGCUUUUUGAGUUUGGGACUUAUUUUCCCAUUUGAGAAAUUAUAAUAUAUAUAUGUAUUUAAGAUAUUUCCUGCUUUGUUUGUGCCUUGCAGCCUCAAUGGGUUAAGGAUACUGAUGAGGAUUGGUUUAUUAUCAAACCUGAAUAGUCGUGGUUUCUCCGGGACAAUUUUUUUUUCCUUCUACUGAACAUGGAGCCAUUAUUAAAAGAGUUAUGUGUGGUUUUUUCAUUAUGUAAAUUGUAUAUAUAUUUUUGCUUGUUUGAGGCUCUAUUUUUCUAAUAGUCUUGCAGUUUCUUAUAAUGGUGACAUUAGGUUAAGACUGAUGCUAACUGUAAAUCAAGCUGGUCUCUGCUGGAUUCCCGUGGUUUAAUUAUAUUUUAUUUUAAGGCCAAGUGCAGGUGUCAUCCAUCACCUUUUCUUAAAAAUGUGAAACUUAUGUUUCCCCUUGUUGCUGAAUACAUUGUACACUGGCAACCCCCCCUCCCAUAAAUCUGUGUCAUAAAAUCAAAGCUGUUUUGUGGUACAUUAUCUCAUGCUUCUGCAGAUGCUAAUAAAUCCUGUCUGGCUUCCACA